AUUCAGCCGUAAAACAAGCCUAAGCCUGUCGCUGUAGCCCGGGGCCACUCACCUCUCUCUCUCGCCCUUUCUCUCUCUCGCUGCUGUGAGCCCUCCUACCGGCAUGCUUGCAUGCGGAAGUCCCAGUUCCGCUCACUCAGUCCGGAGCUGAGAACCGACAGCCUCCUCGUCUCUCUCCUCCACCACCGAGCACCGGCAGACAGCGGCGUCGCAAGGCAAGGUGAAUCAUGAGCUACAGCGUCACCCUGGCUGGUGCAGCUCCAUGGGGCUUCAGGCUGCAAGGAGGGAAGGACUUUGGCGUUCCCCUCACCAUUUCACGGCUGACGGACGGCGGCAAAGCAGCCCGAGCCAAGAUGAGUGUGGGAGACGUCAUUCUGUCCAUAAAUGGCAUCUCCACUGAGAGCAUGAAUCACCUCGAGGCCCAGAACAAGAUUAAAGCCUGUGCUGGCAAUCUCAGCCUAACUUUACAAAGAUCAUCGAGUGCUGCCGACGGAGGUCUGAAGGACGAACCUCAAGAAAUCAUUAAGCCCGUCCCCAUCACCCACUCGGCCCCCAGCUCCACCUUCACCAAGCCCUCGAGUCAGCCCGCGUACAACAAGACCGCCCGGCCCUUCGGGGGCGACCGAGGUGCGCCCACUCCCACCUCUGUCGCCUCCAUCCCCUCUGAAUCCUCCGCUUUCACGCCGGCCGCCGCCUCGCAACCGCCACCCCCCCCGUUCCCGCUCAAGUCCAGCCUCACAGCGCCACACUCUUCCCCCGCUCGCUCCACCAUCAGCUCCCCGUCCUCCGUCUCCUCCUCCUCCUCCUCCUCCUCGUCCAACGCCUCCUCGCCAGCCAGAGUGACAGCCCCCUCCUCCCAUGCCACUGUCCCGCAGUCGUCCGUCUAUAACACCCCCAUCAACCUCUACUCCAACCUCAACGCCGUGGAAGUGGCCAUGGGGCAGAGGCGAGGCCUUCUGGAGAGCCAAGGUCUUCCGGAGCAUUCUAACGGGAAAGACUUUGAGUUGCUUCAUGCGGCCGCCCUUAAUGAGGCCAGCAAGAAGAGACUAAUGGAGGACACGGAGGACUGGCAACCGAGAACCGGGACCUCUCAGUCGCGCUCCUUCAAGAUCCUGGCCCAGCUCACCGGCACGGAAAAUGAGGAAGGUCCCGACAACAAUGGAAAGAACAACGCCGUGGAUAAAACCUCUCCCGCCGUGCACGCCUCGCCUGCGGACAAAUCCUAUUCCAAAGCCACGCCCCCUCGGAACGGCAACGUCGUGGCCCCCCCGGCAUUCAAGACCCCCGCGGCCCAGAACAAGCCCUCCUUCCAGCUCAAGGGUCUAACCAGCAUGGCAGGCUUCCCUAAAGGAGGUGCUGCUCCUUCGUUUGGCAAAGUUACCAACCCUCUGCUUAAAGGCCCGGAUCGACCGGUCCCUCAACCACAUCCCGAGGACCUCAACACCCUGGUGCAGCGAGCCGAGCACAUCCCGGCCGGGACUCGAACCCCCAUGUGCAACAAGUGCAAUAAAGUCAUCAGGGGUCCCUUCCUGGUGGCCAUGGGGAUGUCCUGGCACCCCGAGGAGUUUGACUGCGCCCACUGCCACGCCUCCCUGGUGGACCGUGGGUUUGUGGAGGAGAAGGGCAAGGUGCACUGCGAGAACUGCUACGAGCAGUUCUUCGCUCCCAGUUGCGCCCUCUGCCAACAGAAGAUACUCGGGGAGAUCAUCAACGCGCUGAAGCAGACCUGGCACGUGUCGUGUUUCGUGUGCGUGGCGUGUCAGCAGCCGAUCAGGGGCAACACCUUCCACAUGGAGGACGGACAGCCGUACUGUGAAAUGGACUACUACAAACUGUUUGGCGCCAACUGUCACGGCUGCGACUUCCCCAUCGAGGCAGGCGACAAGUUCUUGGAUGCUCUGGGAUUCACCUGGCAUGACACCUGCUUCGUGUGCACGGUGUGCACCGUCAAUCUGGAAGGACAACCCUUCUUCUCCAAGAAAGACAAGCCUUUGUGCAAGAAACACGCCAACGUUGUCAACGUCUGACCCACUCCCACACCCCACUAUGACCCACUCCCACACCCAACUAUGACCCACUCCCACACCCCACAAUGACCCACUCCCACACCCCACAAUGACCCACUACCACACCCCACAAUGACCCACUACCACACCACACUAUGACCCACUCCCACACCCCAAAAUGACCCACUACCACACCCCACAAUGACCCACUCCCACACCCCACAAUGACCCACUCCCACACCCGACUAUGACCCACUACCACACCCCACUAUGACCCACUCCCACACCCGACUAUGACCCACUCCCACACCCCACAAUGACCCACUACCACACCCCACCAUGACCCACUCCCACACCCCACAAUGACCCACUACCACACCCCACUAUGACCCACUCCCACACCCCAAAAUGACCCACUCCCACACCCCAAAAUGACCCACUCCCACAUCCCACAAUGACCCACUACCACACCCCACUAUGACCCACUCCCACACCCCACAAUGACCCACUACCACACCCCACAAUGACCCACUCCCACACUCCACAAUGACCCACUACCACACCCCACUAUGACCCACUCCCACACCCCACAAUGACCCACUACCACACCCCACAAUGACCCACUACCACACCCCACAAUGACCCCACAAUGACCCACUACCACACCCCACAAUGACCCACUCCCACACCCCACAAUGACCCACUACCCACAACCCACAAUGACCCACUCCCACACCCCACAAUGACCCACUCCCACACCCCACAAUGACCCACUCCCACACCCCACAAUGACCCACUACCACACCCCACAAUGACCCACUACCACACCCCUCAAUGACCCACUCCCACACCCCACUAUGACCCACUCCCACACCCCACUAUGACCCACUCCCACACUCCACAAUGACCCACUACCACACCCCACAAUGACCCACUCCCACACCCCACAAUGACCCACUCCCACACCCCACAAUGACCCACUACCACACCCCACAAUGACCCACUACCACACCCCACAAUGACCCACUACCACACCCCACAAUGACCCACUCCCACACCCCACAAUGACCCACUCCCACACCCCACAAUGACCCACUACCACACCCCACUAUGACCCACUCCCACACCCCACUAUGACCCACUACCACACCCCACAAUGACCCACUCCCACACCCCACAAUGACCCACUCCCACACCCCACAAUGACCCACUACCACAUCCCUCAAUGACCCACUCCCACACCCCAAAAUGACCCACUCCCACACCCCACAAUGACCCACUACCACACCCCACUAUGACCCACUCCCACACCCCACUAUGACCCACUACCACACCCCACUAUGACCCACUACCACACCCCACAAUGACCCACUCCCACACCCCACAAUGACCCACUACCACACCCCACAAUGACCCACUACCACACCCCACAAUGACCCACUCCCACACCCCACAAUGACCCACUCCCACACCCCUCAAUGACCCACUACCACACCCCUCAAUGACCCACUCCCACACCCCUCAAUGACCCACUACCACACCCCUCAAUGACCCACUACCACACCCCAAAAUGACCCACUCCCACACCCCACAAUGACCCACUACCACACCCCUCAAUGACCCACUCCCACACCCCACAAUGACCCACUACCACACCCCACAAUGACCCACUACCACACCCCUCAAUGACCCACUCCCACACCCCACAAUGACCCAGUCCCACACCCCACAAUGACCUACUCCCACACCCCACAAUGACCCACUCCCACACCCCACAAUGACCCACUCCCACACCCCUCAAUGACCCACUCCCACACCACACAAUGACCCACUCCCACACCCCACAAUGACCCACUACCACACCCCACUAUGACCCACUCCCACACCCCACAAUGACCCACUCCCACACCCCACAAUGACCCACUCCCACACCCCACAAUGACCCACUACCACACCCCACAAUGACCCACUACCACACCCCACUAUGACCCACUCCCACACCCCACAAUGACCCACUACCACACCCCUCAAUGACCCACUCCCACACCCCACAAUGACCCACUCCCACACCCCACAAUGACCCACUCCCACACCCCUCAAUGACCCACUACCACACCCCACAAUGACCCACUCCCACACCCCACAAUGACCCACUCCCACACCCCACAAUGACCCACUACCACACCCCACUACGACCCACUACCACACCCCACAAUGACCCACUACCACAUCCCACAAUGACCCACUCCCACAAUACAACAAACUUAAUCCUAUAAACAAUAUAUAUUCAUAACGUGCUGAAUAUUGAAAUGUACUUUACUUAUAUCAUGUGUGUGUGUGUGUUUUUGUUGAAUAAUAACGGGUCCAUUUGGUUUUUUUGUGUGUUUUUUUUUUUUUCACCUUUUCCCCCUAAAGUGCAAUUUUUUAGUAGUUUUUUUUUACAGUAACUCCAGCAGAACUUGUAAAAACAACACAUUUGGAUUUUAGUACUCUUGUAUUUAAAUUAAAAAGAAGUGGGAGCAAACAUACACACAUCAGAUAUUUAUAAUAAUAUUUGUAUUAUUCCUAUUGUAAUAUCCGUAUUUUUAUUUUAAUCAAUUAGUAAUUAGUAUUGCAGCGUCCCUCCCCCACCUGUUAGUGAUUAGAAUAUGUCAAAAGUCAACACUUAUUCUGCAUUUGUCACAAUCAUAACUUCUUCUUCUACUGUACCUCUUUUCCUAUGGAUUUGCUCUUUCUGACAAUGAUGGUUUGUUAUAACAUAAAAAGUUCUAAUAUA